GGCGUUUCAGGAAAGCAGUGGGCGUCGAAUUACUCCCAGACCUUCUGUCAGUAGCAAGAAACCUCCGAACGGAGUUGCUGAAAGGCGAAAGGGCUGACAUGGACGGGUUUGUGAAACAUUUAUGUCUAGGUGAAACGGAAACCUCUAUUUGAUCCAGUCUUCAUGUCUACUGGUGACUUGUUUCAGAAGAACUAACUUGUUUAUUUUUUUUCUAUGAACGUACGUUGGUUCCUCGUUGUAUGCUCGUGCUGUUUUUAUUGUAGCAGCUAGUUCGUCUCAAACAAUAUGUAUCUUAGUUAAGUUUGCUAAACUUCUUGCUAAACACCGUCUAUUCUAUUCAUCAUUAUUGUAGCAGCUUACACCGUUUGCAGACUCUGACAUAGUAUCCUCUCCUCAUAUGGCUGACGUUUUAUUCCUGAUCAUGCCUUUGCACCUGCUCACAAGUGCCACUCGUCGGGACACCAACCCAUUCAUACCCUCGUCUCGCCACUACAGAGUUCGAGCUUUUAGAAGAGGAUCUCAAUACCUAUGAGGUGCCUGGUGAUGCUAGAGUGGUUUUCAUCGCGGCGACUAUGUUCAAAGCGCCUUUAUUGGCCAAUAUUCGACGGAAUCUCAGCAAAUACGUGGACCCGAAGACCUGCUUGAUCAUCACGCUGCAACUGAAGUUGGACUUACGGCUUGAAGGGUGGAAGUUGAUUGUGGAUGCGGCACUGGUAGAGGCAGUUCUUAGCUUAUAAGCUUACCAUUUUUUUGAUGUAGUAAGUUUGUUUCCGCCCAACAUGCAUAAUACGCUUCUUCAUCUAUUUACUAAACGCUAAACAGGAGUUUGUCUGGAUUUAUUAGGGCAUUUUUGGGGGACCACUUCCACGACCAUAGGGGGAACCGGAACGGCUACUCUUCUAAAGCUCAAUGUGAAGAUCAUCGAGGAGGUGCCUAUUGCCUGCAGCUGGGGCAUCACGAAGGCGAUCAUUUGCACCUUGGAUGAUGGAGAACGUUGAUGCCUCACCCAGAAGUAAAGAGUAAAUAAAGAUAGUUCUUGUGCAGAUUGCUUCCGUUUGUAUAGAGAAUUAUAUCUAUGUUUAUACAUCGAAUCUAAUCCGUCUAUUUCUUCCUCCUGCUCAUACUAUGUUUAUAUGCAGCUGUUCUGCAAACAUGCUAUUGAGGAGUAGGGCGAGCGACUUUUUUGGGCUGAUUGGGCUGGACAUUGCUGUGUGAAGUAAGUGUGUAGAAUCUUGAGGCCACAUUUUGUUUCCAAUGAAUAGCGUCAACAUUCUGAUUCUCAUACUACAAAGGAUCAUCACACUUCAAAAGAUUUUGAUAAUUUGUAGCAUCGAGGCGCGUCAGCGUGACUAUGAGCAACGACAUUUGAUGACACGAGUAAAUAGAUAGAAGAGCCGAAGAUAGACGGAGAUCUACUAAGUGUGCGUAAAGAACCACUUGUUGGCAUUGAAGAAUACAGAAACAUGUAAGUAGAACGAAGCAUGAUGACAAGAUGAACUACUAGAAGUACUACAU